AUGUCGAAUGAAAGAAUAAGCCCUUUGGGCCUAGGUCAGCGAAGACUUUCUCAUUCACCACGUAGUCAGAGGAGUAGAAGUGCAGACGUUGAUUGUUUGAAAAAAUUCGCGGAACGUAAAUUAUUUGAGGAGAGAAAAUUAACGGAUGUCUGCGACUUUGAUUUACAGCGACAAAUACCAUUGUUAAGAGAGAACAAUAAUUUUAAUCGUCCGCAAUUAUCGUCUCGAGAUUAUGUCGAAUAUCAAAGAAAUGCUCGUCAUCGACGCGAAAGUUUUGAUUAUCCUGGACAAUCGAAAAUUGAUUCGACACGAUGGCUGCCGGUUAUAAAUCGAAAAGUAUGUCCGGAAAAUAUGCGUCGUAGUAGUCAGGAGAAUAUUGAUGAUUUUAAAUAUGUCAAACAACCCGCCGGUCGAAGUUUGAGUUCAGAAAGUGGUUACACGAGGCCUGAUAAUUAUUCGCGUGAGAGGAAAAACUCGCAAUUUGAACUCUACGGCAGAGGUACUGUCGAGAAAACCAGAUGGCUAUUGUCGGAGAUUUCGACGUCGAAAUACAUUCCAUCGCCGUUGGCGAGAAAAUAUAGCGAGGGAAGUAGUUCAAAGCCAAUUUCAAACAGGUGGAUGACUUUUACCAGAUAUCCAUCGCCUUCUCCAAUUGUCCGAAGAAACACAGAAAGAAGAUCUUUUAACAAUGACAGUAAACGAGCGGAAAACAAUUGGCUCGAUCAGGAAAAUUCAAAAGCACGCCCCGCAAGUGAAUAUAAAGCCGUUCAAAUAAUAAAACAGCCGAGCAUCGAUUCAGUGAGAUUGAAUCAAAGAAUACGUGAAUUGUAUGAUUUUAAAACGGAAAACGAAUGGCCAAAGAGAUUGAAACCGUCGUUGGGCGACAAUGCUUGGAUCAGUAAAAGUAGCAGUGAGGAGGACAAAUAUCCACAAGGAUCAGAAAGAAGCAAUAGUCAAGAAUUGGAAUUUAACGAACGAAAGAAAAAAUUCGAACAACAUGAUGUGAAACACAAGAAAAGUAUUGAUUCAUCGUUUGAAAUUGAUUGGGACGAACGAUUAAGGAAAUUUCACGAGAAAUUACGUUUCAGUGAAGACUUGACUAUUGACAAAAAAGUGCAGGCACGAAAUCGUACAUAUUCGGAUGACUAUGAAGAUUACAGUAGAAGACAAUCGAGCACCGAACAUUUCGAUAAAGGCGUUAAAAGGAAUUCGGACGCGAGUUCGCGAUCAAGAGUGAGCUACGCUGAAAUUGAUUUCAGCGAUAUGAGUAAACGAGGAUCGAGAACGAGCGACGCAAGUUAUGCGAGCAUAAGCACAUACAGUCCAAAGAGAGGAAGUGUUGAGGGGAAACAAAAUAUUCACACCGAAUUAAUUUCUCAAAGAACUUUCAAUCAAUUAGAAGAGAGAAGACCAAGUACUCCUGUGCCUCCGAAAAAAAUGAACUCACCCCGCAAUACCGAAGAACCAUUGAAUCAACGUGUUCCCAGCAGAGUUAGAUGGAAACCGUAAACUAUUAAUAUUUAUGUGGUCAUUUAGAAAAAAAUGGAAAAGCAACCGUGAAUGUCAACUCUACUAAUUUGACUGACAGAAAAUCGAGAAACCCCUUUUGGAGAUGAAAUUUCCUAGGGCGGAGCAGAACAGAACGUGGGUGGAGUUCUUCUCUGGACCAUCCCAUAUCGAAUCUAUACAUUUUCCUCCAGCAUCCGCUCUUCAUCUCUCUCACUCACUCUCUCUCGAAAACAAAUUUUUCUUUCUCUCUAAGAAAAAGAAAAAUUCGAAAUAUUUUUCUUUAUUUUGGAAAAUUAUUCAUAGGAAAAGAUUUUUUUUCAAACUGAAAAUCCCAUCAAUUUCCAACUUAAGCUAUAAAGUUUUCCAACUCGAAGAGUUUUAACUUUUAAGUGCUUAAAUCGGUGUUUUUUGGUAUGAACUUUACGGACAGAAAAUGAGAAGAACAACAGAAAAUCGACAAGAAAUGAGGAGAAAGGACAAUAUUUAAUUAUUGUUUCCUGAGAAUAAGAAAAUUAUGAAGACGAGAAGACGAUUGUUUCUUUAUGGAAAGUUUAUCAGCUUUAAAAAAAUACUUUCUCAAAUUAUGUUCUCCAUUUUAAUUGUGCGACGAAACAAUAAUGAAACGCAGUCAAAGAGUUGAUAUUUUUUUACAAAUUGACAAAUUACAAAUAAUUAACAGAAUUUUUUAUAGUUACAGAUAAUUAACGGAAUUUAAGUAUUUUAAUGAAGAAAUUUUCUCGACUGCUUUAAAAAAUAGAGAACAAUUUGAGAAAUUUCCUGGACUGCUUUAAAAAAUGGAGAACAUUCUGAUAAUUUUUCUCAACUAUGCUUUAAAAAAUGCAAAAUAGUUUUGAAAAAUUUCUUCGACUGCUUUAAAAAAUGGAGAACAUUCUGAUAAUUUUUCUCGACUGCUUUAAAAAAUAAAGAAUAGUUUUGAGAAAUUUUCUCUUUAAAAAAUAGAGAAAUAAAAGUUUUUUGAGAAAAAAAGGAUCUUUUUUUUCAUUUAGUGCAACGAGAAGAUAAAUGGGAAUUUAACUGAAAAUAUUGAAGACUCUUUUCCCAAAUAAUCAAAUUUCGAUUAAGGACUAAAGAUAUUGUUGUGGUGGUGCUUAAAAAAAGAGGAAGUGAUACCCUAAAACCAUAUGUAUCGUAUUAAGGGUCGAUGAGACGAUGAGACGACCCCAAUUGAUGCAGUCAAGUGACCACCAGUCACGUGUUACUUUAUUGUGACACUCGGAGGGGUGCUAAGGAUUUUACGGAGUGAUGAGUAUUCAAGGGUGUCAUCCUGUGAACCCGAUUAAAUUAUUUCUAUUGAAUCACUGACGCUCAUUGCUGCAAUAUUACCAACCAAUCUGCGUGGGAGAGGAUCGAAGAGGCAUAAUUCAAUUUUCCGGAAUUAAGAAUUAUUAUCUCUCUCUUACUCUCUUUUCCAUUGUCGUCGAUUUGUUAAUGCAAUCUGGGAGAAUUAAUUUUUCAUGGAAGGCCAAGACGGUAACAACUUGAACUUGCAAUUUAGAGAAAGCGAGAGAGAAAGAGAGAGAGAGCCCACCACAGUUGCCAGGAUUCAGAGGAUUGAAGGGCGGAGCAACCCUUAUCAGUGGAUAACACUCGUCUCGCACCAAGUAAAUAUACAAUUCAUAACUGCCUCUACUUCAAAAAAAAACAAAAAAAAAGAUAGUCAAAUUUUACUUAUUUUCAAAUUUCUAUAAAAAUGUUUUCACGUCUGUUAAUAAAUUAAUUUGA